GAAGAAUCAAAUUUCUAAUUCAAUUCUCCUAUGAAACAGAAAAUUGGAGAUAGCCAAGGAGAAUCGAAUUUGAAUAUUUUUUAACUAAACCCAGGAGUUAAAUACAUACAUAUCCAGGAUGUGCGCAAAAAUGGCAUUCCAGCACCAGGCUGGAACGGCAAUGGAGUGCUUGAGUAUUCCAAUAACGCUGCAGAAGGAAGUUUGUGGAGACCAAAUGCGUUGCGGUUUUAAAAUUGGUGGGGGCAUUGAUCAGGAUUUUAACAAAAGUCCUCAGGGAUAUACAGAUAAUGGAAUUUAUGUAACUGAAGUACAUGAAUCAAGUCCUGCCUCCAGAGCAGGCCUAAGGGUGCAUGACAAAAUACUCCAAUGUAAUGGAUAUGAUUUUACCAUGGUGACCCAUAAAAAAGCUGUCAGCUACAUUAAAAAAAAUCCGACAUUAAGUUUAUUAGUAGCUCGGAAAGGUGUGACAUCAACUUAAAGUUGCAAGUUUUUUUUUAAGUCAUCUUUAUCAUUCCCUAAUUACUUAAGUUCUGUUACAAAUCCCUUAAGUAUAUUUUUGGGGAAAAAAAAAUGUUUUAUUCAAAAUUAGUUUUUACUUUUAUAUUUAUGUAUUUAAGAAUUUUUAUUUUUUGUUUUCACUUGUUGAUUCUUGAAUCAUUUUGUGCCAUAAAAAUAGCUUACUAAAUAAAGUACUGCGCGAUGAAAGCAAUUUAUUCGAAAGUAGGUACAAUUAUUGUUGCAUUUAAUUAGUAGAAUUCCAUACUUUAUUUAAUGCCAUAUUAGAACUAAGGACAAAUUACUUUGCACAUAUUUAAAUUAUAUUCUAUGUACCUAUCCAAACACGUUAUCAGAAUUCAAACGUUUUCUCCCAGCCGCUCAAAUAUGAAUCUUAUAGAAGUUUGACAGUCCCAUUUUGUCGAGUUUCCAUCCACCAAUGUGAAGCUUUGGUUUUUGGAGUUGCUUCUCCUAGGAAAACAUUUUAUAUUUUUGAGUCAAUGUCGGUUUGAUUAAUUUGCAAGGAUAGCCAAAAUCUUAUGAAUGUGUGCAAAGUGAAAUUUUUAACAAGUAGGAUGUUGUUAUUUAGGGAGAAAUUGAGUUAUGUAUGAUUAGCAAAAUAUUUAUCUAAAUGUUACAUAAUCAAAAUAUUGUCAAUUUUAGCUAUAGCGAAUGUGUAGCUUAACCACUGAUCUCAAAAAUAAAUGGAUGAACAAGGAAUAACACUUCUAAUGCUGCUAAUUUACGAGGUCAUAAUGUAAACAAAAACAACUGACUGGGACAGCUGUGAGCGUGCGCAGUAGAUACAUGUACCGUGCGUGCGCAAAAUGUAGCCAAUGAAAAUGAAGGAUAUUUCAAAAUUUAGAACAGUUGUUCGGAAGUAAGACACUGCGCAGGCGUUAGGCUGUUCCGUUGCACAACUGUUCGUAGAAUAUUGACCCCAAAUUUUCGCACAAGUUUAGCCAAUCAAGCCAUACGAUUGUUUAUCCAUUUAUUUUUGAGAUCAGCGAGCUUAACAUGAUACAACUACAUCAAAUGUCAAGUCAGUAUUUUUAAACUUAGUAAGUGUUUUUUUAUUUUUUAUGUUUAUAUUAUGUACAGUAUAGACAUGAAACAGCUAAUUAUUGUGAAAAUUUUAUAACAAAACUGUACAAUAAUACAUAAGUGUUUACCUAUUUGUAGUUUUUGAAGCUUGUAAGCCAUUUAUUUAUUGUUUAUUUGUUGAUUAUGUGGUCAUUUGGUUUAUUUUUCAUUGCAUUCUAAAUCUCGCUUUAUGUACUGUGUCGUUGAAAUAACAAAACCUAUGAUCGAGGACGUCACAUAGUCUGAACAUUUAUAAUAAUAACUCCGCUUAACUGGAUUUAACUUGCUUCAUACAUAAAAAGUAUUGGAAAUUGAUAGAUUGUGCUUUACACUAUCCAGUCAUUGAAAACACAAAUAUAAAUAUUAAGAGCUUAUCACUGUGUUCUUUCAACGAUAAACGUUAUUGUAUAUGUUUCUCUUAAAGGCCCCACAGACUACAAUGAAACACGACGGUUUUCAUCGCCGUGAUGGCAGGGCCCCACACACUACGAUGAACCAUUACGAUGGUCGAAAACCAUCGUGUUUUUAUACCACAUACUUCGGUUUUGGAACGAUGUGUUUCAUCGCGGCGAUGAAAACCGUCGUGUUUCAUCGUAGUGUAUGGGGCCCUUUAGUUUGGAACAUUUAUUCAUUUUGUAUUGCUUUUUUUUCUAUAAGUACGACUCCAUAAUUGAUUAGCUGUUUUUGUUUUUAUAAUAGUAUUCUCCUGAAGUCAUUAAAUAUAGGAUGAACACUCAAGAA